AUGAACAAGUGCCAGAGCUGCGCCCCAAAGAACUUCACUUUACGGAUGGAGACUGAAUGUGGCCAGUGUGUGCUGGUCAACACCACCAUCUGCAGCGGCCUCUGCUACACACAGGACACCAACAUACGCGGCCGCUUUGGCAGGAGUUUUGUGAUCCAGCGCAGUUGCCUGCCUCAGUCCCUGGUGUACCACUCAGUUCAAGUGCCCACAUGUGCACAGAGCGACACACCGCUGCUUUACCCCGCGGCCGAGCGCUGCCACUGCAGCCGCUGCAACAAGCACUCACACCACUGCUUCCGCACCCGCCCAGCGCCCAGAGACCGCUGCACGCAAGCCGCCAGCAAGCCGCCAGCAAGAUGA